UAGUGAGUAUUUUAACGUUAAUGAAUUUGCCCCAUUCACUUCCAAUGUAAAUGCCUCAUUGUAACCCAGAUUUGUUUUGUUUGUUUGUUUUUGGGGGGUUUUUUUAAGAAAAGGAGGGUCAAGUCAAUUUUAUUUUUUUAUUUUUUAUUUCUUUGGUAAUCAAUAUUAUGCCACAAAUGCUGUCGAUUGAGCUAAAGUUGUAUUGAACCCGGAACAUUCCUUUAACUGUUUUGUUGCAUGUAGAUCAUUGUACUGACAUCUCAGCAUGACCUGCAUCAAUGGACCUGGAUUCCUCCUAAGUGACAGUGACUCCAGUGAUUCAGAGGAGCUGCCUGUGUUUGAUUUCUCACAGAUAAAACCAAAACAAGUUAACUUGGUGGUUUUAGACAGUUCAGGCUCAGAAAUAGCACCUGUUACUGAUCCAGUUUUAUCAGAGGUCCACGUUUCCUCUGGAGCUGCUGGACGGGACAUCUUGAUGGUCAGCAGUGACAGCGAGGAGGAGGCCAUUAUCCCCUUAGCUGUAAGACUGAAACAGAAACGGCAUGGUCUGGCUACAGCAGCCACUCGCGCAGAGAAGUACAAGGCUUCUAAUGGAUGUUCACACCUCUUCCAGGAUGUUCCAGCUACAUUGCCUGCACAUAUCAACCCUGAGGCCCAGCCAGUAGAACAUAAGAUCUUUAACACUAUAACAAGGCAGUGCAGCUCUGAAUAUGAUGCACCAUACCUGACCAUUGCACCACCCCCUGUAGGGGAGAAUGGCACUUACCUGGUCAAAUGCAAGAAAACCCCAGCAGAAGUGGAGGCUGCCAGACAGGAAGCCCUAAGGAAAAGAGCCAUGCGAGAGCAUCAGCAGGAGGAGAAGGAGAGGGUGAGAAUGGAAAAGAAAGCUCUUGCUGAUGCUGUAAAAGCCCUGAGGCCAGACGAGUGCAUCAAACACAUCGUGGUGAUGGUUGACCCUGGCCUGCUGCAGCUAGAAGGUGGCGGAUCUCUCCUGACUUCCCUGCAGGCUAUGGGAUGCAGCUGUGCUAUAGAGAAGCAGUCUCUUCCUUGCAGUGUCACCUGGGCUCGACGCUCACCCUACCCUCAGACUGGUGAGAUGCUGUCCAUUCCAGAGUCACAUGCUGUAAUCCAAGUUCCAGUGGAUAAAUUUGUGACCAUGAUUAACAACUACUGCAAGAGGCAAAACAAUGGUAUGUCGACUGAAAGUGGCAUAUCUCUGACCUCCUGGACUCAAGGAAUCAUGAGCAGAAACCCAGGCAGAACACUAAGCCUGGUUGUGAUUGACAUGGAGAAGUACUAUAAAUCACAGAAUUCAAAAUGCCAGAAGAAAUACCGUGAGGCAGUGCUGGGAGGGGACAUGGGACUUCAGGGUGGGCAGAAAAAGAAAAGAAAGAAAGAUGAUAUCAAUCAGCUUCCUGAGGUCUCACGAGUGCAGGUGGAGGAGGCUUUGAUAGACCUGCAGCUGCACACUGGGGUGCAGGUCCAUUUUUUCUCGAACUGGAAGGACUUCACUGAUUAUAUUACCAUGUCAACCAAAGCAGUAGCAGAGGCACCAUUCAAGCGGGAGCGAGAGAAGACGGGAUUCACGUUUUGUUUGGAGAGUGAAUGGGCAGGGGGUUUAAAGGUGGACCGUGCAGGGAUUGGUCUUUUGCAGGUUUGGAAGAGGCAAAUCCAGCAGUUAAACCGUGUCAGCCCUGAUAUGGCCAGUGCUAUACUCAGUGCCUACCCCUCUCCUCAGCUUCUUGCUCAGGCAUAUGCAAAGUGCAAAUCAGAGCAUGAAAAAAUUGGCCUGCUGUCAGACGUGCUUAUUCGACGUGGAGAGGGUGUAACGUCUACAACACGCAGAGUUGGUCCGGAGCUUUCUAAACGGCUAUUUCUUCUGAUGACAUCAUCCAAUGCCCAGCAGCCCCUUGAUUCUGCAGUAUAGAUUCCUCUGUCUGAAAUAUCAAAAGCCCUUUGUUACAGUGUCUCAUGUUUUGGUGCAUUUUAUAUAACUGUAAAAGGUUUAAUAUUUAUUAGAGUUAGAAUAUUUUAUAAUCUACAAGCUUUUCAAUGUGAUAUGUGUUUGUUCUGACUAUACAUCAUUGUUAUUAAAUGUUUCUUAAAGUACCUUAAAAUAAUAUUACUUUGCCUCCAUCAGAACUAGUUAUUCACAAAUUUCCUUGGUUCAUAACUUUAUGUACCUUUAUGUACUGGAGAGGUAAGCCUUGAAAGUUUUUCUAUUCUUGGAAUUUUCUGUCCAUCCCAAUGGCAAAUAGCCUUGGACGUCAAGAAGCCUUUUCAGGGUACAUCCGAAAUACAGCAGGUUCUCAGAAAUGCUAUAUGCUUGCAGUUUUUCACUUGACACUGACCUGCCACUUUGCGGUUUGUUAAGAACUAUAGGUCAAACCCGAGCCAUUUCCUUUAGAAUUCUGUCCCUCGAGUUAUAUCUUUACACACUCUAACAGUGUUAGACAGAGCUUGCCUUUAGUAAUUGCAGAAUCAACUGUUUCUGUUUUGGCACUUUUCCUGUUUAAGACACUGCAGCACAACUUCCAGAACCAAAAUGGCCUCUUAAACAUGCUGUACUCACUGUUUAAGGACUGUAGAGGCUCAUGGCUCAUUUCCAGCACAUUAGAGAAAGGCACCUGACCAAGGAGAGCCAUGUUGCCUGAAACGAGCUGUGGGGUAACAAGCCGUUAAAUGUGCUUAAGAGAUGAGCUGCAUGCUUCAUCCCUGUCCCUGAAGGCAGUAUUUCUUCUACAGUUUAAGGGAUGGCAUAGCAAACUAUAGCUAGUGGGUAUUCGCUUGGGCCGAAAGGAAUUAUUUUAGCAGAAUUAAGACAGCUUAAAAAGGGAUCACCUUGGAGUGAUUGUUUAGCUGAAUAGUAUGAAAUCCAAUUUUCGUGUACUCCAAAUGCAGACUAUAAUAACUUUUAUGACCUAGUCUCUGCAGAGCUAACAUCUCCACUGGCUUGUAACAGUUUGAAUAGGACUUAAAUUUCCAAAAAGCAGUUACAGGGUAUUACGACUUGUUGGAUAUCAAAAACAUUGUAACUUGUCAAAACUGAAUGUUAUGAGGAAUAGUUUCCCCAAAGAUGGGAAAUUAUACUUGCUCUCUUGAUGUAUGCCAUUUGUUCCAAAUGCACCAAAGCAAAAUGAUCUGUUCAAGUGCAGUGGGUCGGUUUAUUUUUUUCCAAUGUGCUUUUGAAUUUGAAUCAUGGCUAUUCCAGAUGAUAGAUUGGCCCCCUAUAAACCAUUUCUGUUCAGCAGAGCAGCAGGCGCUCUCAUUUCUGCUGCACAUCUGAGAUUCUUCCUGCUUCUUGUUGGCGAUUAAUAAGUUUUGGGAGUGGUGGUAGGUCACCGCCGGCCCCCUUCACUCAAAGUCAAUAGAGUGGCAAACAAAGCAGGGCUGUUAGUCACUGUCUUUCUGUUCAUAUUCUCAACUCGGCUAAUCCUUUGGACAAAUGUGCCUUCUAAUCGGCCGGCACACAAGACAGAGUGCCACAGGCAGUACUGUUUACAGUUUUGUGAGACCGUUUUGUUACAGUUUUUUGUUUAUACUCUUGGGUAGUAGGUGCCUUUCCAAUUCCUUAGGCUACAGAAAUGCCAAAAAAAUGCCACCUAUUCUGCUGGCCCUGUGUCAACCAUGGUAUAACAAAAUUCAGCAUCAGUUCCUAUAUUUUAAAUAAUGCAUUAUCUCGGGGUCUGUGUAGCUCAGCAAGUAUUGACGCUGACUACCACCCCUGGAGGUGCGAGUUAUAAUCCAGAGCGUGCUGAGUGACUCCAGUCAGGUCUCCUAAGCAACCAAAUUGGCCCGGUUGCAAGGGAGGGUAAAGUCACAUGGGGUAACCUCCUCAUGGUCCCUAUAAUGUGUGGUUCUUGCUCACGGUGGGGCACGUGGUGAAUUGUGCGUGGAUGCUGCUGAGAAUAGCGUGGGCCUCCACACGUGCUACAUCUCCGCGGUAACUCUCUCAACAAGCCACGUCAUAAGAUUUGCGGACUGAGGGUCUCAGACACGGACGCAACUGAGAUUCGUCCUCCGCCAUCCGGAUUUAGGCGAGUCAGUACGCCAGCACGAGGACUUAAGAGCGUAUUGGGAAUUGGGCAUUCCAGGGGAGAAAAAAAAAUAAAAAAAAUUAUCUCAGGCAAAGAGAGCCCUGGGUAGUAUGGCAACAAGGCAAAGCAUCUGAUAUUAGCCUUGUAUAGUGUUCAGUGUGUGUUUUGCCUCCGUGCUGAGUGAAUCUGAGUGCUAAAACAACAAGAGAGAAUGUCAAAGGCUCUACAACCUAUUUCAGACACAAUUAGACCAGUCACUUUGGCAUUGGUUU